AUGUUGUUUUUAUCUACAAAUAAGAAAUGAGUAUAUGAAUGUGCAUAUGAUUGUGUACUUAACCUAAUCUAUGAAUAAUUUUACACUACAAACAUGAAAUAUUUUUAUAAAUUAUUAAUUGUUUAUUGUAUUUUCUUCUGCCAAGAUAUUUAUGCACUUCAUAGAAAUUUAAAAUAUUAUGAAACUGUACAUACGUCAAACUUUCAACAUAGAAUUGUCAAACGAGGCACUCAACACAGUUAUCAUCCAUAUAAUAAAAUAAGCGAACUAGAAUUUUAUUCUCAUGGACGUUAUUUUCGCCUUAUUUUAACACCAAGAAGAGAAGUGAUACAUUCCAAUUUUAAAGCUUACGAAGUCAACGGUGAUGGAAAAGAAAAAACAAUUCAUUUAGAUCAUGAAAGUUUUUAUCAUGGACGAGUAUUUGGAGAAAUUAAUUCUCAUGCUCAAGUACACAUCGAUGAAGGGAUUGUAACGGCGAGCAUUACUAUUUCUGAUGACACAUUUCACAUUGAACCAUCGUGGAGACACCUUCCUCAUUUGGGAAAUGAAACGAUGAUCAUUUACAAAUCCUCGGAUGUUAAACUAAGCUGGGAACAUUAUCAAAAUGGGGUAGGUCAUACUCAUGGUAAUCCUAAGACGUGUGGAUACGUUAAAGAAGAUAUGGAGGUUCCAGUGAAAGACGACAAAGAAUUCAUAGAAAAUCGUGAUUUUGAAGGAAGUGAAUACAACAGAGUUAAAAGACAAACGGAAACGUACGAGUAUACGCCAACAAAAACAAGAUGCCCUUUGUUAUUGGUAGCUGACUAUCGUUUUUAUCAAGAAAUGGGUGCUAGUAGCACCAAAACUACAAUUAACUAUUUGAUUAGUUUGAUAGACAGGGUACAUAAAAUUUAUAAUGACACAUUAUGGCAAGAACGUCAAGAACAAGACGGAUUUAAAGGAAUGGGCUUUGUUAUAAAGAAAAUAGUUGUUCAUAGCGAACCAACACGUGUAAGAGGUGGAGAGACACAUUACAAUAUGGUCAGAGAAAAAUGGGACGUUCGAACAUUGCUUGAGGUUUUCAGUCGGGAAUACAGUCAUAAGGAUUUUUGUUUAGCCCAUUUAUUUACUGAUUUGAAAUUCGAAGGUGGUAUUUUGGGAUUAGCUUACGUAGGAUCACCACGUAGAAAUUCUGUAGGUGGUAUUUGUACACCAGAAUAUUUCAAAAAUGGUUAUACACUUUAUUUAAAUUCGGGACUGAGUUCUAGUAGAAAUCAUUAUGGACAAAGAGUCAUAACUAGAGAAGCAGAUUUAGUAACAGCUCAUGAAUUUGGUCAUAAUUGGGGCUCCGAACAUGAUCCUGAUAUAACUGAAUGCAGUCCAAGUGCUAGUCAAGGCGGAUCAUAUCUAAUGUACACUUAUAGUGUCAGUGGUUAUGACGUUAAUAACAAGCGUUUUUCACCAUGCAGUUUGAGAUCCAUCAGGAAAGUAUUACAAGCUAAAUCAGGUCGUUGUUUCUCAGAACCUGAAGAAUCCUUCUGUGGUAAUUUGAGGGUAGAAGGAGACGAGGAAUGCGACGCAGGACUUUUAGGAACGGAAGAUAAUGAUCCAUGUUGUGACAAAAAUUGUAAAUUACGACGAAGUCAAGGAGCAGUAUGCAGUGAUAAAAAUUCACCUUGCUGCCAAGGUUGCGCAUAUAUGCCUGUAGGAGUAAAAUGUAGAGACGCACAGUACGCAACUUGUGAACAAGAAUCGCGUUGUACUGGAGCAUCAAGCGAAUGUCCCAGAUCUCCACCAAUGAAAGAUGGUACCGGUUGUUUAGAACGUGGUCAAUGUCGUCUUGGCAAAUGUGUGCCAUAUUGCGAGACUCAGGGUUUGCAAAGCUGCAUGUGUGAUACAAUUGGUGAUGCAUGUAAGAGAUGCUGUAGAAUGAGUUUAAAUGAAACAUGCUUUCCUAUUGAUCCGCAAGAUAUUUUACCCGAUGGUACACCUUGUAUUCAAGGUUUUUGUAAUAAGGGAAUAUGCGAGAAAACGGUACAAGACGUUGUGGAACGUUUCUGGGAUAUUAUCGAGGACAUAAAUAUUAACAAGGUAAUGAGAUUUUUGAAGGAUAACAUAGUAGGAGCUGUGAUAAUAAUCACUGCAAUUAUAUGGGUACCAACGAGUUGUGUUAUAAGUUACAUCGAUAAUAAGCGUGUAAAAGAAUGCGAAAAGAAAUGGCAUUGGAAACAUACCGAUGAUCUUAUUCAUCCAGAUGAACAUAGACAAGUAAUUUAUGUAGGUGCUCAAAGAUCGAGGCUACCCCAUUCGACGCAACAAUCUUGAUUUAAUAAAAACUCUACUUUAACAUUCCAAGUACAUACAAAGUUAUCUAGUCGAAAAUGAUGUACAUUUUAAUAAUUUUAUAUAUAUAACAGUUAAAUAAUUUAAUAUAUAUUUAAUAUAUAAA